CAUUGAAAAAUUAAUUUUGUACUACGUGAAAAAGUCAGUCACACCGACGACAACAGGCGAAACUGACCAUGAUUUAAAUAUAUAAAAAUACAAACAAUUUAUUUAUUAUUUAAAAAAGGGGAAUCAAGACAGCACUGUUGAUUUUUCGGAGGUUACGGCAUUCAGUUUGACAUUUAAGGAUUAAUAACAUUUACAAUAAUUUACACGUUAAAAUUGUCAAGCGUGGACGUACCUAGAAAAUGCUGAGGACUUUCGCCACUAGGCUGCUUAAAGCACGCUUUACAUGUCAAACCAACAAUUACUCCAACAAAUCUUGUCAGAACGAUAGGUUCGCCGUUGUGCUUUCUGGUUGUGGUGUUUUCGAUGGAACCGAAAUCCAUGAAGCUGCUCACAUUCUCUCCCACCUUACCAGAGCCGGGGUAAAUCCAGUCAUGUUUGCUCCAGAAAUGCCCCACUGCGAAAUCGUAAAUCACAAUACGGGAGACCCUGAACCGAAAGUGAAGAGGGGGGUGCUUGAUGAAUCAGCAAGAAUAGCGAGAGGCCCCGUUAGGCCCCUUUCAGAACUCGCUUCGCUUGAAACCACAGCUUUAUUCCAAGCAGUCAUCUUCCCUGGAGGAUUCGGCGUCGCAAAAAAUUUAUCGAACUUCGCAACUCAUGGUCCAGCAUGUACAGUACACCCUGAAGUAGUGAAAGUCAUACAAAAUUUUCACAGUGAAAAGAAACCCAUCGGACUAGCCUGUAUAGCUCCAAUUCUAGUCGCAAGAGUGUUAGGCAAUGUUAGGAUCACUUUAGGAAAAGACUUGAAAUGUGAUGGUUGGCCACACCAUGGAGCCAUUCAGGCUGCAAAAGAUAUGGGAGCUACUGUAGAAUCAAAGGAUUACAAUGAGGUCAGUUACGAUGAGAAAAAUCAAAUAUUUUCUACACCGGCUUUUAUGUACAAUGGAAAAUUCCACGAGAUCAGCGACGGUCUUGAAAUAUUUAUUAAGUUCAUGAUUUUAAACAUGCAACAAUCAAAAAAGAAUUAAACAUCAUAAACUAAUUGACUGCAGUUUAUUUUAAAGGUUCAAAAUGAGACACCUUGAAACUAAUUCGUAAGAACUGCUUUGAUGUCAAUAUGUUGAGACUGAUCAUAAAAAUAAAUACUGUUAUUUUCCUCUAA